AGGCGGGGGGAGGUGAGGUGGCGUAGUUUAGCCGCGCGCCAAGCGAUAGCUCGGCUUCGGCAGAAGGUCGGCGCCCGGCGUAAGCUGUUUUGAUGAAUGGCGUAGCGGAGGCCCUGGGAAAGUAGCAAGCAGCUAGCUGUCGUAGUAGUAGCACCGGCAGCAUCAGCAGCGGCAGCAGCAACACUGCGGAGUGGGAGGAGGAGGCGGCACCCGCGCGCGGCGGUUUGGUACCGAGCGGAGAGGGAGAUGCACACGGCACACUCGAGCUGAGAAAACGGAAAUGAAGGUUCAUAGGCACACACAAUUUUGCCUCAUUUGUUUGCUGACAUUUGUCUUCCAUCAAUGUCACCAUUGCCAUGAAGGUGAACAUAGCCACAAUGACUGUCAAAUCUCGGAAAAUGAAAGGACCGAUCCUGAACCAAGUAAGGAAGCUGAAGUUAAACAGAAAUACUACAUUGAAAAACUCUUUAAUCGUUAUGGUGAGAAUGGAAAGUUAUCGUUUUGUGGCCUGGAGAAAUUGAUGAUGAGCCUUGGCCUUGGAGAAAUUAAAAUAGUAGAAAUAAAUCAUGAGGACAUUGGCCACGAUUAUGUUUCUUACUUAGAUGUACUAGAUACACAAGAAGGAAAGCAUUCUCAUUCCCACAACCAUCCUCAUUCCCAUAAUCACCCAAGCUCAGAAAAUCAGACUGCAGAUGAAGAGUCUGGCACAAAGAGCCAGAAGUGUGAUCCAGUGAAAGAAGUUACAGAAUCAUCUUUGAAGCCUGAUGGUAGACAUGCUCAUGACCCUAAUAAUCACAGACACCACAAGCAUCAUCACCGCCGUCAUGCACAUCGCCACAUGGACCAUAACAAUACUCAUCAGUCUCACAAUGAUUCCAUUAAUACAAGUGAUCAUGGGGAGCCAAGUCACGAGCCUUCCACAGAAACCAAUACUACUCAGGAACAGCCUGAAAGAAAACGUAAGCACUCUAAGAAAUGGUGGAAAAUGAAGAACAGGGAAGUUUCAAGAGUUACAGCGCAAGAUUUUACUCUCAAUCAUGACUCAAAUGAGCAAUAUGAACAUAAUCAUGUCCACAAACAUGACCAUGUGCACGAUGUGUCUUUCUCACAUGCACGUUUUCCUGAACACAAUAAUGAUCAUUCAGCUACUCAUGGACAUCAGGAUCCAAAUCCUGCCAGUGGGGAUGGGUAUCGGCAUACCAGCAAGCGAGAGGCACCUGAUAAACAGAUGAGCGAGGGGAAGCAUGCUAAUCACAAGAACCAUAAUGAAGAUGAACAUUCUUCUGAAGAGUGCUUAAAUGUCACACAGCUGCUAAGCCAUUAUGGUCUUCGCCCCAGUUCUCCAAUUUCUCCCAGCUUGUUUAUUUAUCUGUGCCCAGCAUUGCUGUAUCAGAUUGAUAGGAGACUUUGUAUUGAACAUUAUGAAGACCUGCAUCUUGAAGACUUGAACAAAGGAAACAAUGUGUCUCUUGGGAAUGUGGAGAAAACAGGUGCGUCAGCUUGGAUCUGUGGCAUCAUUUCUAUCACAGUUAUUAGCUUGUUGUCUUUGCUAGGCGUGAUUUUGAUUCCUAUAAUCAAUCAGGGAUGCUUCAAAUUCCUCCUCACCUUCCUGGUUGCUCUUGCUGUAGGAACCAUGAGCGGAGAUGCACUACUUCAUCUGCUACCACAUUCCCAAGGGGUCCACAAUCACAGCCACCAUGAGGGCCAUGGGCACCAGCAUGAACACCAACAUGAGCACCAGCAUCUGCACGGCCAUUCCCACGACCAUGGAGAAUCGGUUCCGAACUUCCUAGAAGAGUAUGAUGCUGUACUAAAGGGACUUGUGGCCCUUGGAGGGAUUUACCUUUUGUUCAUUAUUGAACACUGCAUACGAAUGUACAAGCACUAUAAGAAACAAAGGACAAAACAGAAAUGGUGUAAGAAGAAACAAAAGGUUGAGGAAUCACCUAUUGGAAGGAAACUUUCAGAUCAUAAGCUAAACAGACCUGAUGCUGACUGGCUUCAACUCAAGCCACUAGCAGGAGCAGAUGAUUCCGUACUAUCUGAUGAUCGACUUAAUGAAACUGAAUUAACAGAUCUGGACGGCCACCUUGAUUCUCUGCCAAAGGCUUUCCUGUCAGCUACUGAGGAGGAAAAUCGGAUGCUCCACUCUCAUAAUGAUAUCUCUCAUAAUGCCCAGAGCAACAAUCUUUCAGAUGCGGAAUAUGGGAGCCAUCGUCGAGAUGUUAAAAUAAUAGCAAGGAAGCACAACCAUCUCUGGCCACAUAAACAUUCCCAUCACUCUCAUGGACAUUGCCAUUCAGGCAAAGAUUUAAAGGACACCGGAAUAGCUAAUAUUGCCUGGAUGGUAAUAAUGGGAGAUGGGAUCCACAAUUUUAGUGACGGCUUGGCCAUUGGAGCUGCUUUCAGUGCUGGCUUAACUGGAGGAAUCAGCACAUCCGUAGCGGUGUUUUGCCAUGAACUUCCUCAUGAAUUGGGUGACUUUGCUGUUCUUCUGAAGGCGGGCAUGACUGUGAAGCAGGCCAUUGUUUACAACCUCCUCUCGGCGAUGAUGGCUUAUGUGGGAAUGCUAAUAGGAACAGCUGUGGGACAAUACGCAAAUAAUAUCACUCUUUGGAUCUUUGCAGUCACUGCUGGCAUGUUCCUCUAUGUGGCCCUUGUGGACAUGCUUCCAGAGAUGCUUCAUGGGGAUGGAGACAACGAAGAGCACGGUUACUGUCCGGUGGGUCAGUUCGUCCUCCAGAACUUGGGGCUUGUCCUAGGUUUUGCCAUCAUGCUCGUGAUUGCCCUUUAUGAAGACAAAAUAGUGUUGGACAUUCAGUUUUGAAAAUUUCCAGUAUUCAACUGUGAUUGCAGUCAUGCUACUGUUAAGACUUUUUUUAGUCUGCCCUGCGGUACUGUAUGCACAUCAGUUCCCAGACAAAGCAGUGACACACACUGAUUUAUCAGUAACCGUAUUUUGGUAUCUGUUUAAACAGGCUCUGCUUCUUUCCAGCUCACAGAACGGAAGAGAGAAACAAAAGACAAUUGAUUUGGUCCAGUGUUUUCUUUUUAAAUUAAAAAAAAAAAAUCAGGUUGUGUUGGAAGCAGAGCAUGUAAACAUGAUGCAUGAGAUGCUGUUGCAAACAUAUCAUUUCUAUUUGGCUUUGGCAAUGUGCAGCAGAAGUCACACCCCCUGCUGACAAAGCCUUUUGUGUUGUCUUUGAGCAAAUAGUGAAAAGCACCCCUAUUUCUCCACAGAGCUCAUGUGCCAAGUUAGGUCAUUGCCUGGGCUCCUUGUCCCAUCCUCUAACACCACAGGCUUACAACUGAAAUUAGUUGGCAGCACACAACUAGAACCAUUCUGGGAGGGGUUUACCUUUUUAAUGUUUUUUUUUUUAAACAAAGCAAAAAAAGAUGAAUUGUUUCUAGCAUGUUAUUAUUGGAUUGCAUUUGCUCCCGGCCCUGUUGCCUGCUCAGUCGGCUCUUUUGCACUGCGCUGAAUCGUAUGACCAAAGUAAAACUGGGUGUUUUUCUGGUUCAGCCACUGAAUUGAACUUUCUUCCCCCUUUUCUCAGUUCUGAAUUGAAUUUUCCUCCCCCUUUCCCCACUCCUUGCCAAUCAGCUGUUUAAUACAGGGUUUCAAGCAUGCGUUCUUGUCUGUAGCCGCUAUUAUGCAGCUCUGCGGUUACUGGCUCCUUCACAGAUUUUUGAGCCCCUUCAUUAUUAUGGUGGUAUUGUACUCGUCCUUUUGAAGUCCAAGGAAAAGCAGGCUGCAGAUCUCGGAAUCAAGCCUGUGUACCUUGGCGAGGUGUGGGGUUGGGAAGUAUUAGCUAUUUCAUACUAACUUGUGGGAGAUGGAUUAGCAAAAUGCCAGGUAGCUAAAUACUGCUUGUGGACUCCCUCCGAUCCCGCGGCUGCAGUUGUGGAGCAAAUAGCAAUGCUGUUUUUGAAAGGUUCAUACUGACUUUUCUGUUACUAAGGGAGGUCCUGCUUCAAGUUUCUUUGACAGCAGCCUUUUUCAUGUUUGUUUGGCAUGAUUCUUGAGAACAGUUUUGAAUGUAUGAAUUAAGUGCCAUGCCAUCUAACAUUUGGAGCAUCUGCAGCCGCUUGACAUUGGGAAUUUUCCCAAGGCCCCCUUUUGGGAGAUUGUUUUGAAGUUUUCAUUGUUUUGAACUUUCUUUUAUUCUGCUGGGCUUUCAUCCCUGUCUUUGUUGCAGUUGGGUUCCUUUUGCAAUGUAGAAGACCAGAGGUCUCCUCCCAAAAGCCAAGCAGGUGACCUCCGAUCUUGGUGGUGCUUCCUCUCCAGCAGGGGGACCUGCUGCCUCCUGCUGCAGGGGUUCCUAGAAACCCAUGCCAGGGAGGUGCGUUGCAGGGAUGACAUCGAGCAGCAGGCCCUCUAUGAUAGAGGAGUGGUUGUGCCAGCAUCAUGGCACAUGCAGAUUUGGGGGAAAGCCUUAACUCUGCAGGGAUUAGCUCCACCGUAGGGAGAAUGUUUGUGCCAAUCAACUAUUGACACCUAGAGAUAGAUUGUAAGAGAUUAUGACAGAAGCAGACUCUUCCAGUCCCAGGAAAGAAGAACACAACAGGUUAAUCUUAAGUUAAUCUUGGGAGUUAGUUUCUUCCAGCAUUUUUCUUUUUUUAAGUAGACGAAGCUGAGCUGCAAAGAAAGGUUGGUAGGUUUGGGAUUUAGUGGGAAGAGAGUAUUUUCUUUUAUUCCCAUCAGAGAGUUCAUAAAAAUUACAAAACCAGAUAUGUUUUCAUUCCAAUUUACUUUUUGACCAUUCCACUGGCUUUUCUCCAGACAUUCCUGCAUUUGUGCAAGUGUUGUCUACUUUAAAGGUGUGUCAGAUGAAGGUGGCUUUUGUGGGAAGGGUUGAAUACGAACAGACAUCAGUGUUUUGAUUAGCUAGUGUCUCCAGGAGAACUGGUUCCUACUCCCUUACCAAAUGCAUACCCGCUGGGAUCUCAGAACAACUGUAAAGACUGUAAGGUUGGGUCUUUGGUCUCGCCCUCUUUGCUAGAGAGAGGAACUCAACUCCAGCUAAAAUGCUUGGCUGCAAGCUAGAGGAGAUGCUGCUGCGUUCCCCUUAGGUGUCUAUCAGUGGGAUUUCCUUCUCCUAAGAUUUGGACUCUUGAUUUAUUAGUGUGCCAGACCGUUGGAGGGAGGGUUUUUUGUUUUUUUUUUUGGCAAAAAAAAGUCAGACAUACAGGAUUUUCAAAGUCUAUUUUUGUAAUUAUGAAUAAAGCUUCCUCUAUUUCAGGUAGUACUUUUUCCUUUUGCGUUCUGAUGGCAUGUUCUAUAAUGUAAUGUCAAUCUGGGGAAAAUAAUUAGACCCAAGUAAUAAUUUUUUUUCUCUACAAAACACCAGCCCUCUGGUGUAAGGUUAGGAUUUUGGUGAGCCUUCGGGAGACGAUCCCCCCUCAUUCACUUGUGUGCCUGUUACACUUUGUGAAGAGCCGUAGAAUAGCCCUAGCUUUCCCCUAUUUUCCUUGGGUGCUGAAUUCCCCCCAUUUUUUUGAAAUACAAUUAAGUGAUCACAUUUGGGACUAUUGGGAUUCCACUACAUUUCUACGUGGAUUCAUCAUUCCCUUCCACUCGGGAGUCCAGUCUCAUUUAAAUGUAUAUUUGUUAGAGGGCAUAAAUGUUAUUACUUGUAUCUUAAAAUGCUGUCACUGUGUGACAUCCCAUGUUGAUCACACUGCACUAAAUCAGCUGUGAUAUAAUGAUUGCUUAGAAAAUGCUGUAGCAUCCUAGGAUGCAGUGUGAUUUCUUUCCUUAACAGUUGAAACAAUGUGAUUAUGGUCCUGAAAUAUAUUUGAGGUACAGCUUUUGGAAGGGGGUGGGGUGUUGUUUUGAUUUGUUACAACAAAAUCCAUUUUUAAAAUAUAUAUAAAUAUAUAUAUAUAUAUAAAUAAAAGCUGGAAAUUAUGAAAUGCUGUUCUUUGUCCAUUGUCAACAGUGUUGUGUUUAUGUCUGUUCCUUAUUCACAAGGAACAUAAGAAAAUAAAAUUAUUGAAUAAACAAU